AUGAAUUGUGGUAGUUUUUGGUUAAAUACUCCAACCACCGAAGGAGUCGUACUCCAUGCAGUAAAUAGCCAAGCGCGCCGUCGCCCGUUAAGACACCGGCCGUCGUACUCCACCGUUGCCGGCGCUCUACUCACGUACGUACAUCGCACAAUGUGGCCAUGGGCGGCGUUGGUCCUGGUCGCCCUCUACCCGCGUCCGGCGGCGGCCGAUACUGUGGCGGCGGCGUCCUACUCCUACAUUGUGCACAUGGACAAGUCGGCCAUGCCGGGGGUGUUCUCGAGCCACCAGCGCUGGUACGAGUCCACGCUCGCCGCGGCCGCCCCAGGGGCGGACAUGUUCUACGUCUACGACCACGCGACGCACGGCUUCGCGGCGCGGCUCUCCGCGGAUGGGCUCGACAGGCUUCGGCGCUCCCCGGGAUUCGUGUCGUGCUACCGCGACGACGCGAGGGCGGUGCGCGACACGACGCACACGCCCGAGUUCCUCGGCCUCGGCGUCGGCGCGGCCGGAGGAAUAUGGGAGGCAUCCGAGUACGGCGAGAACAUGAUCAUCGGCGUGGUGGACACGGGCGUGUGGCCCGAGAGCGCGAGCUUCCGCGACGACGGGCUGCCCCCGGUGCCGGCACGGUGGAAGGGCUUCUGCGAGUCCGGCCCGGCGUUCGACGCGGCCAAGGCGUGCAACCGGAAGCUCGUCGGCGCACGCAAGUACAACAAGGGCCUCAUCGCCAACUCCAAUGUGACCAUCGCCGUCGACUCCCCGCGGGACUCGGAAGGCCACGGCACGCACACGUCGUCCACGGCGGCCGGCUCGCCCGUGGCCGGCGCGUCCUUCUUCGGCUAUGGGCGAGGCGUCGCUCGCGGCAUGGCGCCCCGCGCCAGGGUGGCCGUGUACAAGGCCCUGUGGGAGGACGACGCGUACGCUUCCGAUGUACUCGCCGCCAUGGACCAGGCCAUCGCCGACGGCGUCGACGUGCUCUCCCUCUCGCUUGGCUUCAACGGCCGGCAGUUAUACGAAGAUCCCGUCGCAAUUGGCGCAUUCGCGGCGAUGCAGCGCGGCGUCUUCGUGUCAACCUCGGCCGGUAACGACGGGCCGGACCCCGGGUACCUUCGCAACGGCUCGCCGUGGGUGCUCACCGUCGCGGCGGGCACGGUGGACCGGGAGUUCUCUGCCAUCGUCCGGCUCGGCGACGGCACGACCUUGGUCGGCGAAUCGCUGUACGCCGGAACCCCACACGGCCUGGGGAACGCCAGGAUCGUGUUCCUCGGCCUGUGCGACAACGACACGGUGCUCGCAGCGAACCGCGGCAAGGUCGUGGUCUGCGACGUGCCGUACAUCGACGCCCUGACCCCCGCGAUAUCGGCGGUGAAAGCCGCCAAGGUGCGCGCCGGGCUGUUCCUGUCCAACGACACGCUGAGGGAGCUAUACGAGAACUUCCCAUUUCCGGGCGUGAUCCUGAAGCCGCGGGGCGCCCCGGCGCUGCUGCACUACAUCCAGAGGAGCCGCGCGCCCAAGGCCUCCAUCAAGUUCGCGGUGACCGUGCUGGACACGAAGCCCGCGCCGCAGGUGGCGACCUACUCGUCGCGCGGCCCGUCGCGGAGCUGCCCGACGGUGCUCAAGCCCGACCUGCUCGCGCCCGGCUCGCUCAUCCUCGCCUCGUGGGCGGAGAACGCCAGCGUCACCGACGCGGGGACGCAGUCGCCGCUGUUCAGCAAGUUCAACGUCAUCUCCGGCACGUCCAUGUCGUGCCCACACGCGUCAGGCGUGGCGGCGCUGCUCAAGGCCGUGCACCCGGAAUGGAGCCCCGCGGCGGUGCGGUCGGCGAUGAUGACGACGGCUAGCGCGGCGGACAACACCUUGGCUCCCAUCAAGGACAGGGCCGACGGCAUCGAGUACGCAGCCAGCCCGCUUGCGAUGGGGUCCGGCCACAUGGACCCGAACCGCUCCCUGGACCCUGGCCUGGUCUACGACGCCGGGCCAGACAACUACAUCAAGCUCAUGUGCGCCAUGAACUUCACGGCGGCGCAGAUCAAGACUGUGGUGCAAUCGUCGGGCCCCGUGGACUGCGCCGGCGCGACGCUCGAUCUCAAUUACCCGUCGUUCAUCGCGUUCUUCGACUACAACGGCGGAGAGAAGACGUUCGCCAGGACCGUGACCAACGCGGGCGACGGGCCGGUGAGGUACAAUGCCACGGUGGAGGGACUGGACGGGGUGAAGGUGAACGUCGUGCCCAACAGGUUGGUGUUCGACGGUAAGCACGAGAAGCAGAGGUACACGGUCGUGGUUCGGGUUGGGGAUAGCCAAAUAAUCCCCGAAGUAGCGUUGUAUGGAUCGUUGACAUGGGUGGACGACACCGGCAAAUACACGGUGAGGAGUCCGAUCGUGGUGGCGUCGGCGAACUUUUCUCGGCUAUAG